GGGAAGUGCUGACUUAGACUCCGGCCACGGCGCUUAAAACUGUUGGUAGAGAAACGAGCGUUUGGAUCAUUCCAGGCUCUUACUAAUCUUCAGUUCUUUACUGCAGUCAGGGAAACUAAAUUGAGUUUAGGUCGUUGUAAGAGACUGAAGUUGAACUUCGGCCUGAACGGAGAGCCUCUCUCCUCCCUACCUGGAGCCCUCUCCUGCUCAGAGCCUGUGUUGUCCUGAUGGCCCCUUUGCAUCUGACCUUGGAUCUUGCCAGACCCUGUGCUUCUUAACGCUGGGGCUGUGUUUGCUCAUUUCCGCCCCCACACUGGGCUUUUUGUCCACUUGUGAUGCCGAAGGGGGGUUCUUCUCACACUGUGUGUAAACUGAAUUUUGAGCAGCUUAAAGAAAUAAACACAUUUUUAAAAGCUAGCAUAAAGUAUUAAAAGAAAAAGAGGAAUAUCUCUAUAAUCUUAGGAUGGGGGAAGAGCCCUGAAGUCACAAAGGAAAAGAAUCACAUAUUAAACAACCUUUAUAAAGAUGAAGCAUCUCUGUGUGUCAGGAAAACCACCACAAAGGUAAGAGGCCUGCAUGACAGGGAGAAGAUAUUUGCAGCAUAUAAACAACCGUCAGCAUAUCCAUCAUGUAUGAAAGAUAAGGAGACAAACCACAAAGAAAAACAGGAAAAGGACACUCUGUCUCCUGCAACCUGGUGCCUUUUGAGUCCCAUCAACAUGUGAAUCGCACGUCCUCGUGGCCGGGAUGUUCCCAUGAGUCAUGAAGGCAACCGCGUGGUCUCCGUCCAAGCCUGUUUACCAAAAGUCCCGUUGGCUGCCAUCUGUCAGUUCGUUAAAAUUCUUACCUGCCCGAUGUUGGGCUGGGGGCCGUGGGGUCCUGCCAUCCCCAGGAUCACACACGAAAGUGCCGAGGCAAUGGCUUAUGUACAGAGAUAGACUUCCAGGCCAAGUCGCUUUGCUGCUUCCUGGCCAUGUAACACUGGAGAGUACAGCAACUCUCCACCUCAGUUUGCUCAUCUGUGAAACGGGGUUCAGGAUGCCAUCUUCGUCACAUGGGGCGUUGGGGCCGUGGAGUGAGCCAGGCGCUCAGGCAUUGCCCACCAUGGUGUAGAUCCCAGCACGCCAGCUCUGAAUAUGACUGACGGCUUAGUCUUUCAAGCCUCCUGAAAGGAAGUCCUUUCCUGCCUCUUUCUUAGGACCCUGGGGCCAUGGGGACUGUUGCAAGGCUUGAAGGAUGAGCACAGGCAGAGAGCCAGCACUCACUUUCUUAAGGCACCUUUGGAACAUGAACGAAAGUAGAAACGGUCACUCUCAGAAGAAACAGGACUUCCUCUCAGCCACGCCCUCUCCCGGGAUCCUCUGGGGCCAGUUUUGGGGGCUGCUGGCUUCCCAGCUGACUGCCAGGAUCGCCAGGCUUGGCCAGCCUCCCAGGCCUCAUGCCACAGCCAGGGCCUGUGCAUGCUGAGUCACCGCGAUAGUCCGUUCCUGUUCUUCCUUUGAAGCGACAUUCCAGAUGUCCACAGGACUGGAGAUACUCCGUUUCCCCUCCUGGGCAAUUUGAUUUAUAGUUUACUCUCUCCCCUGUCGUACGUUACAAGCUCUGUUUGUUUUAUUAGCUUUCUAGAGAGUUGACAUUGCAGCAACAGAGAGAGAAGAUGGCCGGGAAUGAGAUAAACGGCAUCACUGCGGCACUAGCUGAGGAACUCUUUGAAAAAGGCGGUGCCGAUGAGGUCACUGAGGACAAGAGGGUGCCUGGCCGGGAGGAGCAGAGUGAGGACUGUUGGGAACCCCGCCUGCUCGCAGGAGAACAGCUCCUGGGGGCUGGCGAGGUCUUUGCCAUCGGGCCCCUGCAGCUGUACGCGGUCACUGAGCAGCUGCACCACGGAAAGCCCACGUGUGCCAGUGGGGACGCCAAGACUGACCUCGGGCACAUCCUGGACUUCACCUGUCGCCUUAAGUACUUGAAGGUUUCUGGCACAGAAGGACCAUUUGGAACCAGCAACAUUCAAGAGCAACUCCUGCCUUUUGAUCUGUCAAUAUUCAAGGCUCUUCACCAGGUGGAGAUAAGUCACUGUGGUGCCAGGUACAUCCGGGGACUCGUCGCGUCAAAGCCCACCCUAGCCACAAUAAGCGUCCGCUUCUCCGCAACCUCUAUGAAGGAAGUCCUUGUUCCCGAAGCCUCGGAAUUUGAUGAGUGGGAGCCAGAAGGCACAGCCCUGGAAGGCCCUGUGACUGCUGUCAUCCCCACGUGGCAGGCACUGACCACUCUAGACCUGAGCCACAACAGCAUCUCCGAGAUUGACGAGUCUGUGAAACUGAUCCCAAAGAUUGAGUUCCUGGACCUGAGUCACAAUGGAGUGCUGGUCGUGGACAACCUGCAGCACCUCUGCAGCCUCGUGCACCUGGACCUGUCCUACAACAAGCUCUCCUCCUUGGAAGGGGUGCACACCAAACUGGGCAACAUCAAGACCCUCAGCCUGGCGGGCAACCUCCUGGAGAGUCUGAGCGGCCUGCACAAGCUCUACUCCCUGGUCAACCUGGACCUCCGCGACAACAGGAUCGAGCAGAUGGAGGAGGUCAGGAGCAUCGGCAGCCUCCCGUGUCUGGAGCACGUGGCCCUGCUGAACAACCCCCUGAGCAUCAUCCCUGACUACCGAACCAAGGUGCUGGCUCAGUUCGGAGAGAGGGCCUCCGAGGUCUGUCUGGACAACACAGCAACCACAGAGAAGGAGCUGGACACCGUGGAAGUGCUAAAAGCAAUUCAGAAAGCCAAGGAGGUCAAGUCAAAGCUGAACAACUCGGAGAAGAAGAUCAUUGAGGAUUCCCGGCUCUCAGCUGCCCCUUGCGUCCGACCCAGUGGCUCCCCUCCCAGCGUGGCUCCCACCGCCGCCUCCCUGCCCCAGCCCAUCCUCUCCAACCAAGGUAUCAUGUUCGUGCAGGAGGAGGCCCUGGCCAGCAGCCUCUCAUCCACGGACAGUCUGACACCCGAGGACCGGCCCAUUGCCCGGGGAUGCUCUGAUUCCUUAGAGUCCAUCCCUUCCGGACAGGCACCUUCUGAUGAUUUACGGGACAUACCCGGAGCUGUUGGCGGUGUGAGCCUGGAGCAUGCGGAGCCAGAGGUUCAGGUGGUGCCCGGGUCUGGCCAGAUCAUCUUCCUGCCCUUCACCUGUAUCGGCUACACAGCCACCAACCAGGACUUCAUCCAGCGCCUGAGCACACUCAUCCGGCAGGCCAUCGAGCGGCAGCUGCCCGCCUGGAUCGAGGCUGCCAACCAGCGGGAGGAGGGCCAGGGCGAGCAGGGCGAGGAUGACGAUGACGACGAGGAGGACGCCGCUGAGAACCGCUACUUCGAAAUGGGGCCCCCAGAUGCGGAGGAAGAGGAGGAGGGUGGCCAGGGGGAGGAAGAGGAGGAGGAGGAGGAGGACGGCGAGGAGGAGCGCCUGGCCCUGGAGUGGGCCCUGGGCGCAGACGAGGACUUCCUGCUGGAGCACAUCCGCAUCCUCAAGGUGCUGUGGUGCUUCCUGAUCCACGUGCAGGGCAGCAUCCGCCAGUUCGCCGCCUGCCUCGUGCUCACAGACUUCGGUGUCGCCGUCUUCGAGAUCCCACACCAGGAGUCGCGGGGCAGCGGCCAGCACAUCCUGUCAUCCCUGCGCUUCGUCUUCUGCUUCCCCCACGGCGACCUCACCGAGUUCGGCUUCCUCAUGCCGGAGCUGUGCCUGGUGCUCAAGGUGCGGCACAGCGAGAACACGCUCUUCAUCAUCUCGGACGCCGCCAACCUGCAUGAGUUCCACGCCGACCUGCGCUCCUGCUUCGCCCCGCAGCACAUGGCCAUGCUGUGUAGCCCCGUGCUCUACGGCAGCCACACCAGCCUGCAGGAGUUCCUCCGCCAGCUGCUCACCUUCUACAAGGUGGCGGGCGGCUGCCAGGAGCGCAGCCAGGGCUGCUUCCCCGUCUACCUGGUCUACAGCGACAAGCGCAUGGUGCAGACCGCCGCUGGGGACUACUCGGGCAACAUCGAGUGGGCCAGCUGCACGCUCUGCUCGGCUGUGCGCCGCUCCUGCUGCGCGCCCUCCGAGGCCGUCAAGUCGGCUGCAAUCCCCUACUGGCUACUGCUCACGCCCCAGCACCUCAACGUCAUCAAGGCCGACUUCAACCCCAUGCCCAACCGCGGCACCCACAACUGUCGCAACCGCAACAGCUUCAAGCUCAGCCGCGUGCCGCUGUCCACGGUGCUGCUGGACCCCACGCGCAGCUGCACCCAGCCGCGGGGUGCCUUCGCCGACGGCCACGUGCUGGAACUGCUCGUGGGCUACCGCUUUGUCACUGCCAUCUUUGUGCUGCCCCAUGAGAAGUUCCACUUCCUGCGCAUCUACAACCAGCUACGGGCCUCGCUGCAGGACCUGAAGACCGUGGUCAUUGCCAAGACCCCCGCAACCGGGGCCCGGUCCCAGAGCCCCCUUGUGGAAGGCCAAGCUGCCGAGGACAGGGCCAGGUGCAGCAGUGACCAGCGGCCCCAGGAAGCCCCAGCAGAGGCUCCAGCUCCAGCCCCAGCCCCAGCCCCAACGGAGGCACCAGCCUUGGACCUGGCCCCGGUGGAGGGCCCAGCUCCGGCCCUGGAAGAGGCCUUGGGCCCAGUGGAGGCCUCGCUUCCAUCUUCAGCCCCAGCAGAGGCCUCGGCCCCAGAGCAGUCCCCAGCAGAGAGCCCGGCCCCAGCCUCUGUGGAGGCCCCGGCCCCGGCCCCGGCCGAGCCGCAGGUGCAGGCGGAGGCCCCCGCUCAGUACCCAAGCGAGCACCUGAUCCGCUCCACGUCGGAGGAGAAUCAGCUCCCCUCACACCUGCCCGCCUGCCCGUCCCUCCGUCACAUCGCCAGCCUGCGGGGGAGCACCAUCAUCGAGCUCUUCCACGGCAGUAUCGCCGAGGUGGAAAACGAGGAGUUGAGGCACCUCAUGUGGUCCUCAGUGGUGUUCUACCAGACCCCGGGGCUGGAGGUGACCGCCUGCGUGCUGCUCUCCACCAAGGCCGUGUACUUCGUGCUGCAUGACGGCCUGCGCCGUUACUUCUCCGAGCCCCUGCAGGAUUUCUGGCAUCAGAAGAACACAGACUACAACAACAGUCCCUUCCACAUCUCCCAGUGCUUUGUUUUAAAGCUCAGCGACUUGCAGGCAGUCAACGUUGGGCUUUUCGACCAGUAUUUCCGGUUGACGGGCUCCUCCCCGAUGCAGGUGGUUACCUGCUUGACACGGGACAGCUACCUGACACACUGCUUCCUACAGCACCUCAUGGGCGUGCUCUCCUCACUAGAGCGCACACCCUCCCCCGAGCCUGUCGACAAGGACUUCUACUCCGAGUUUGGGAACAAGACUGCAGGGAAGCUGGAAAACUACGAGCUGAUCCACUCAAGCCGCGUCAAGUUCACCUACCCCAGUGAGGAGGAGAUCGGGGACCUGACGUUCACUGUGGCCCAGAAGAUGGCCGACCCAGAGAAGGCGCCGUCCCUCAGCAUCCUGCUGUAUGUGCAGGCCUUCCAGGUGGGCACACCGCCCCCCGGGCGCUGCAGGGGCAUGCUGCGCCCCAAGACGCUCCUGCUCACCAGCGCUGAGAUCUUCCUCCUGGACGAGGACUUCGUCCACUACCCACUGCCCGAAUUCGCCAAAGAGCCACCGCAGAGAGACCGGUACCGGCUGGACGACGGCCGCCGCGUCCGGGACCUGGACCGCGUGCUCAUGGGCUACCAGACCUACCCGCAGGCCCUAACCCUCGUGUUUGACGACGUGCAGGGCCACGACCUCAUGGGCAACGUCACCCUGGACCACUUCGGGGAGGUGCCAGGUGGUCCCACCAGAGCCGGCCAGGGCCGUGAGGUCCAGUGGCAGGUGUUCGUGCCCAGCGCCGAGAGCCGCGAGAAGCUCAUCUCGCUGUUGGCCCGCCAGUGGGAGGCCCUGUGCGGCCGGGAGCUGCCCGUCGAGCUCACCGGCUAGCCUGGAUCACGGCCGGCUCUUGCCACCUGCCAUGUCUGGCCUGGCGUCCACUCAGGGCGGGAAGCAGGCUUUCUUUGUUCUUUUCAAAGUGUUUCUCCCCCCUUUUGGGUCCCCUCGUUGGACCGUCCUUGCAGAGAAUGUGCAUUCAGUGACUUCAGUGACUUCUUUCCAGAGCUGGGAGUGAAAGCGCCGGCCCCCUCCGGGACCUCCCUGUGCCAUCCGCCUCCCGUUGGCUCUGUUGCCUCCCCAUGGGGCGGUGUGGCCAGCGCGCCAGUGUCGUGUUUUCUGUCGUGGGGCUGUUAUUGCCAAGUGGCGCCGUGGGUCAGCUUUACUCUUCUGUGUCCUUCCCCGAAAUGUCUCGUUCAGCCUUGUUGUCAUUGUGGGAGUUCGCUGCUAAUUGUGAAGCUGGUAGCGUAGUGCACAUCAAAAGCUCCCGCCCCGUGCAGUUUUCCAAAGUGGAGGCCUCUCCUGGCCCAGUCAAGUGGGAGAGCCCCAUGGGGACAGGAGUCUCCCGGCCUUGGGGCUGAAAGGGGUGGUGGCAGGGGACCUAGAGCUGCCAGCACUGAGUGUGAUUCCUGUCGCCUGUUUUCUCUAUUCCAAUAAAGCAGAGUUUGACACAG